CGACGGAAGGCGGGGCUUCCUGUAGCUGCUUUUAAUCGUAGGAGAGUGUGUUCGCUGUGUGGAAGUCACGAUCAUGUCAAACAGGUUCAUAUGACGAGAGAGACAUGGCUGAAAUUAUUGCCGUUAACGCCGGUUUACCGUCCCUCUCCGAUAUUAACGUCACAUUUCGGGUUCAAGAGGACGCUGGCGCCGCUGCCACCGCCCCUCCAGCCUCCCUGAGCAGCGAGGACUACCUGUUUGUGGAGGCCAGACACCCCAACACUGUCCUGCAGGGCCUCAACAGCCUGCGGCUCAACAACGCCUUCUGUGACGUGACGCUGUGCUGUGGAGGACACGAGUUCCCGUGUCACCGCAUCGUGUUGGCCUCUUUCAGCUCUUACUUUCAGGCAAUGUUUUCCACUGACCUGAUAGAGUCCAAACAGGAGCGAGUUGCCAUCAAUGGAGUUGAACCUCAGAUGAUUGGCAUGCUGGUGAGCUAUGCCUACACGUCAGAAGUCUACAUCUCAAAAGCCAAUGUGCAGGCUUUGUUGGCAGCAGCCAACCUGCUGGACGUGAUGGCUGUCAGAGAGGCCUGCUGUUGUUUCAUGGAGCGUCAGAUGGAUGAGAUAAACUGUGUGGGAAUUCACUGCUUCGCCGAGGCCCACUCUUGUAAGGUGCUGGAGAAACGCAGCAUGGACUACAUCCUUGAGCACUUCAGCAGUGUUUAUCAGCAGGAGGAGUUCCUGUCUCUGUGUGUGGACAAACUGACAGAUAUCAUUGGCAGUGACCACCUCAAUGUGCCCAAAGAGGAGCUGGUGUUUGAGGCUGCCAUGUUGUGGUUGAAUAAGUGCCCCUCUCGAAAACAGAGCUUUGAAAAGGUCCUCGAGCAUAUCCGCCUGCCGCUCAUCAGCCCCUAUUACCUCCAUGAUGUGAUUGAGUCUCUGGAUGUGGUGAAAGAAAACCAGGGCUGCCAAAGGCUUAUCUCCGAGGCCAAGGACUACUUGCUGCUGAAGGACCGCCGAGGGGAACUCUACUGCCCCAGAUCGAGACCCCGCAGGUCCACAGGGACAGCUGAAGUGAUAGUGACAGUUGGAGGGGAGGACGACAAGGUGGUGCUGCGUAGUGCCGAGAGCUUCGAUCCUGUGACAAAUCAUUGGAAGAAUCUGGCGAGCCUGCCUUUUGCUGUGAGCAAACAUGGGCUGGUCGUGUCAGACUCGACUUUGUAUUUGGCUGGAGGGGAGUUUCCUGACGGCUCAGCUAGCAGAGAGAUGUGGCGCUAUGACCCUUGCUUCGACUCCUGGAUGGAGAUGGCCCCGAUGAAUGUAGCUCGAUCUGAGUUAGGCCUGGUGAUGCUGGAUGGCUUUGUUUAUGCAGUAGGAGGGUGGGAGGGUCGGUCUCGUCUGGACUCUGUGGAGUGCUACAACCCUCACACCAACUCCUGGCAGUUCACAGAGUCUGUUAAAAUGGCCGUCACAAGUCCUGCUGUAGUAGCCUUGGAUGGACUGCUUUAUGUUACUGGUGGUGCAGUUCUAGAGGAUGGUGAUGGUACAGACCUUGCCCAGGUGUACAAUCCAAAAACAGCAGUAUGGACAGAGAUCACCCCGAUGCAGAUUGCACGCUCUGGUUCAGCAGCGUGUACACUCAAAGGAAAGAUCUAUGUUAUAGGUGGAUGGCAUGCCUCAACAGAGAACACGGAUAAGGUGGAGUGUUACAAUCCCAAGACCAACCAGUGGACCAUGUGUGCCCCUAUGAAAGAACGAAGGUACCGGCCCGGUGCCUCUGUGGUGGAUGGAAAGAUUUAUGUCCUGGGAGGAGAAGAAGGCUGGGACAGAUAUCACGACACCAUUGAGAGGUUCUGUGAUGAGACAGACGCGUGGGAGAUUGUUGGGGAGAUGCCCACCAGUCGCAGCUGGCUCAGCUGUGUCUCUCUCCAGCUGAGGAAGGACAUUCACAUAAACAGCUGUCCUGGGACACCAAAUGACAACUGAAGCAGGACAUGGAGGACUCUCUUGUGGUUUCUAUUGGCACCCUAUUCAGGGAUCAUAGCACUAAAAAGCUCAGAGCUGCAGAGACCAGCAAACUAAGAAGUGAUGCCUGGAUUUGCCACAGCGCCCUUUGAGCUGUUACUGAUGGCAAAGUAGUUGAUUUAUGUGUUAAAUCUGUGAGAGCUGGUGGAGUGAAUCUCACUGACCUGGGUCUCUCCUUUGGCAUGGAUAAAAGAUACUGUUUACACAUAUGAUCUCCAAAUUACUGUGAUGGACAGCUCAGUCAGCAAACUGAGCUCAUUUUCUGUAUGACAUGAACAUGAAUAGAAUGUUGUCUUUAUGUCCAAUCACCUCAAAUCUGUGAAGAUUCUCUCAGCCAAUAUAGUGUAUUUUUGUAUCAGCAUUAUUGAUGUAUUUAUUGAGGUGACAAGCUGUGAAAAAUACUUUCUUUUUUUUUAAAAGCAAAAAAAGAAAAGUAAACAUUUUGCUCUAUUAAAAGACGCUCUGAGGGCCAAAGAAUCGAUUUGCGUAAAUGAUGUUUGUGAGCUUUUAUGUGAGCAGUGUUUUUUGUAAUUUAACUUUAUACGUUUUGAAUGAGUCUUUACUAGCUGUAACCUGUUGUAUAUUUUUGUAAUGUAGUGUGCGUCAUGCAUUUCAGCGAAUAUAAAUGGAGCUAGGUCCUAAUAAAGAUGUUCACUUAUUUAA